AUGGUGAGUGCGAAGGAAACUGUGGAAGCAAAGAUCUCCACCACCCCUGUCGUUGUGUACAGCAAGACCACGUGUCCGUAUUGCAGCAAAGCUAAGGAACUCCUGGCUAGUCUAGGAGCUAAAUUUGACGUUGUGGAGCUUGACGAGAUUACUGACGGCAGUGAGCAGCAGGACGUUUUGGAGCAAAUUACGGGACAGAGGACGGUGCCAAACGUGUUCGUGGGUGGCAAGUCGAUCGGAGGUUACACGGAUGUGCGAAAUUUGAACAAUGAGGGCAAACUGGAACCUCUGCUCAAGCAAAACGGAGCACUGAAGAAUAAGCGUCGACGUGUGGCCGAGGAUGAAGGCGAGAACGUUAAUGAAUGUAAGGAAUGUCCCGUUGUGCACGUUGCUGCUGAACGCAAUACAGUCAAUAGGUUUUCGACUGGUGGGGUGAAGAAAACCAAAAACGUGGUCAAGACGCAAUUGAUUGAGUCUGAACGCGAAGUUGUGCCGCUCAAGUACGCUGGAGAUGCGACCUAUGAGAACCAAAUCGAAACUGAGAAGGAUCGUGAUGCGCGAGCUGUCAUGGAGCGCAGUAUCAAAGCAAAUCAAGAUGGAAGCGCCGAUGCAGAUAGUGGAAAGGUCUACCGCGGCCAAGCAGCUUACAAGACUUACGUUACAAAAAUGGAAUCCCAGGUUGGCAUGAACAAGUAUACAGGCACUCAAGGCCCAAUCCGAGCACAGACGUGGGCUCGUGCAAUCUCGCGCUUUGACUACCAGCCAGAUAUAUGCAAGGAUUAUAAGGAAACAGGGUUUUGCGGUUAUGGUGACAGCUGCAAGUUUCUCCACGAUCGUAGCGACUAUAAAGGGGGAUGGCAGAUUGAAAAGGAGUUUAUGGAGCAAGAAAAGAAGCGUCAGAAGCGACUUCAAGACGGAAGAGACCCUGAUGAACAAAGUGAGGACGAGAAAAUCACAAAGAACAAUGUGGAGCAGUUUGCAUGCACGAUCUGUCGCGGACCUUUUCGCAACGCCGUAAAAACAUGUUGCGGACACUAUUUCUGCGAAACCUGUGCGUUAAGAAAUUUCAAGAAAACGUCGCGAUGCUUCAAUUGUAAAAAGCAAACCAAUGGUGUAUUUAACGCUGCUGAAAAGCUGCGAGCAAAAGAGCGAGAGCAGUGUGCUAAGUGUACAAACGACAUUGGAACUUCUUCAACAAAGAUGCAGUAG